UUUUGUGUUUCGACGCUUUUCGUAUACAGCUGUUUAGUUCAGUAGUGUUUAGGUUAUCUUUUCAUGAUUUCAAAUUGUUUUGACAUGUUUAUGUCUAUUCCUGCAUUCAUUAUCUUAUUUUCAACGCAACACAAUUGUUAUUCAAUUUCUUAAAGCUUCAUUUACCCUUUUGCAAGUACUAUUGAUUUCCAACUCGAUUCCUAUUCAUGACAAGUUUUCUAACCUACAAAGUUUUUUACCCUGUUGAUUUUCAAACACAACAAGGUGGGAUGUCAAUGUGCCUUGUUUUGACAACACUUUUGUGCCUUGUAUUUUCCUCAACCACUCUAGCAGCUGAAGAUGGAUCGUCACAUAGUCCCGACUGCAUACACAUUCCAUUUGAAAACUGCCCACAGCCGACCGAUAUUUGCAAGUGUGUUUACGUAAAGCCGGACAGCAAUUCUGUGAUUUGUUGUCACAUCACCUCGGAUAAUUUGUUGAAGGAGAGUCUUUCUUGCGCUGGUGUCGGCAAAUCGGUGACAGCACUGCACUUGCGCAAUGUGACCUUCGACAAGCUGGACGCCUCAAGCGAGCACUGGCAGUACCUAGUGAGUCUGUCGGUGACUGACUCGCAGGUGCCUCGGCUCGUGAAACGGUUCGGCAGCACGUUCGGCCUCAUCUGCCUCAACUUCAGCAACAGCGGACUGGCUGAGAUCGAUCCGCGAGUGGUGACGCAGCUGCCCAAACUGAGCAAGCUUGUGCUCUCGCACAACAAUCUCACCCUGCUGCCCGAGAUCAACGUGCAUAUGUCGCAUUUUGUGCUCGAUGUUUCUGAAAACCACCAUCUGAAUUGUCAAGCGCUGCGGGCGUUUCAUAGCGACUUGCAGGAGAAGAAUCGUGCCAUCAUGUUUGACAAUGAAAACACAACGUUCUGUACAACUGGUUCUGAGUACCAUUGGUUCAACAGCACCGAACUGGUAUCUCUCACUCAGUUGCGUUUCUCCAUCAAGGUUGACGAAGAAUGUCCACAAGGCCCCAAUUACAAGUGUUCAUGCUCAAUCAUCCGUCUAGUGUCGAUCAGCAAAACUCUGAUGUAUCCAGUGAGUGUCGACUGCUCCAACCGACGGCUCACAUCUCUGCCCAAACCGCUACCCAAUUUCACCACCGUACUCAAUGUCAGCUACAACGAGAUUACUGAUCUCAUUGAGCUCAGCACUGACCCUACAUAUCAAGACGUCAAAGAGUUUUAUGCCGAUUACAACAAAAUCAAGGAGUUGAAACCUCUAGAGAGCUCCAAUUUCCUACACAAGUUCGUCGUUCUAAGUGUGGUUCACAAUGAAAUAACUUCUAUACCGAUCUACAUUUUGAAUGAUGCCCUCGAUCGAAAUACGAAAUCAAAAUUUGUCUCCAUUGCCCACAAUAGGAUAGUUUGCGACUGCUCCACUGCUCAAAUUUUGAAGUUUUGGUUGGUAGCUAACAGGAACAUUAUUAUGGACAGCGAUCAACUUUAUUGUAACAACUUUAACAAUCAAAGGGUAAUUGAACUGGAUCAGAACAAAGUGUGUGUCUACAAGAAGCAUUGGUCGGAUUACAUUCAGUACAUAAUUGCGCUGGAAAUUCUACUUCUGCUGAUGCUGAUUUCGAAAGUCACCUACGAUUACUGGGUGUUCAAGACGACCGGCUAUCUACCGUGGCCGGCCUCAAAAAUGCCCAAACUGCCAUGUGAUUGGGUGUUUGAGUGAGUAAUGACUAUGUACGACUUUCUGAUGGCAAUCCUUCAAUCCUUGCAUAAUAUUAUUGACGAAACUUCAUUUAGUUGAAAAACACGUAUUUGGACGAGAAUUUUCAGAUGUUGAGUUAUGAAGAAUGGAUAUUUUUAUUUGGAUUUAGUAAUGUAAUUGUUAUAAAUUGAAAGACUUUUAUAAUAGAAUAUAAGAUCACAUAAAUUACAUAUCACACUCAAAUUAGAACUGCGACAUAUUUCAACUGGAAAUAGUAUUGAUGUUAAGUUAUGGUGAAUGGGGAUUUUAUUUGUAAGAUUUAAAAAUCUAAUCGUUAUAUUUUUUCUAAUCACCUAUUUGGACGAGAAAUAAUGUUGAUGUUAAGUUAUAAAGAAUAGAGAUUUUUUAGAUUUAGUAAUCUAAACGUUAUAAAUUGAAAAAUACUUAUUUGGACGAGAAAUUAUUUUGAUGUUAAGUUAUGAAAAAAAAAUAUUUUUAGAUUUAAUAAUCUAAUCGUUAUAAAUUGAAAAACACCUAUUUGGACGAGAGAUUAUUUUGAUGUUAAGUUUUGAAGAAUAGAGAUUUUUAUCUAGACUUGGUAAUCCAAUCGUUAUAAAUUAAAAGACUUUUAUAAUAGAAUAUAAGAUCAUAUCAAUUACAUAUCACAAUCAAAUUAGAACUGUGGCAUAUUUCAACUGGAAAUAGUAUUGAUGUUAAGUUAUGGUGGAUGGGGAUUUUAUUUGUAAGAUUUAAAAAUCUAAUCGGUAUAUUUUUUAAUACAUUAUAUAAGAUCCUUGAUUAUAAGAUCAAAUCAAUUACAUAUCACAAUCAAAUCAGAACAGUGUCAGGUUUUGACUUGAGUUUAUUUCGAGAUGACAUUUAUAAAUAUUUCAUUUUCUAGAAAAUCGAAUACUUUUUCAUAGAUAAAUCAUUGUUCACCGUACCGUGGAUCACAUCAAUUAAAUCAUUAUCAAUCAUGAUCAUUCAUUAAAAUUAAAUCAGAACAGUAAGAUAUUUGUGUCAAGGUUGAGUGGUACAAAAGAUUUAACUCCGUCUAAUGAAGAGUAUUUUUAUUCCAUAUUUAGAAUUGAACAUUUUUUUGAAAAUAAUAAAUUAUAACUAGUAGGAGUUUUUAUUUUUAGAUUUGCUUGUAAUCUCAUCCUUAGGAUACUUAUUAAAAAACUUUAGUUAAACCAAUGACAGUGUCUGUGGCCGUUAUAUUGGGCCAAUCUACAUGUGGUUUACGCCAAACCCAAGUUUAUUGGUCCUACGACUGGGGUUGAAUGUAUUUUAAAGAAAUAGUCGAAAAUUUGGAACUCACGUGGUGCUUCCUCCCGCAGUUUUGACAGAAAUUAGUGAAAAGUUGUAUUAAAUACAGUGUUUACCUGAAUACAGCACUAAAUUUGAAAAGAGUAAAAGGUGGUGCUUUGUCAUGAGUUGGUGCUUUGACGAACCUAGGAAUCGUCCUAGUCGGAUAAUAUUUCAAAGCUAAUCAAAUCUGAGUUGUAUUUAUAGUGCAGAAUGACAUGAAGGAGAAUAUAUAUUAUUAGAUUUCAAGGCAGUGAACGAAAGAAUCUGUGUGCUGAGGUUAAAAACUAAAUUUUUCAACCUUUGAAUAAUAAAUGCGCAUGCUGAGAGUGAAUACAAGAAUGAAGGCUCCAAGGAUGAGUUUUACAGCAAGCUAGAACAAAUAUAUAAUAGCACCCCAUCAAACGAUAUCAAAAUUGUAAUAGGAUACAUGAAUUCCAAAAUUAGUAAAGAAUCAGGGAAGUAGCAGGAACACAUAAGUGACAAGAUUAAACAUAGGCUGCAUGAAGAAAGCAAUGAUAAUGGAGUGCGCUCGUUGGACUUUGUGGCAUCAAGAAAUAAUAUAGCUUAUAAUGUUCUUUCCACACAGUUCCCCAGGAAAAAUUCUAAUACAGAGUCAAUAUUAAUAGAGAGAUGCUGAACUCAUAAAUGCUUGAUUUGGCAAGUUAGUUAGCCUUGUCAAAGCAACCAUGAAGGAUACAUCCUUCAUGUAUUCCAGCCUGUUAUUCUUUCCCAAUCAUAUUUAUAUGGUUUG